ACACUGUAAUGCAUUAGGUUUCCCAUGUUACGUAAAUAGCCAUUUUCAAGUAUCCUACAUUAGUUGCUAAAUAUAAAUUCAUUUUCAGAAAAUGAGUGUGUAUCGAUUAUUGCAGAAGACUUGCACAAAGUAUUUAAACUAGACGACGGACAAUAUUAUUAAUAAUUCUUGAACAUGGAUAAUGUGAUUUUAUUCAACUAAGUAUGUCGGAGGAAUCUAUCACUGAAAACGACCUUUUAUUAACAGAAAGGGUUGAACUAAGCGAUUUUUUAAAUCCUGAUCCAGAUAGUUUAAACAACCCGCUUGAUAAUGAGACUCAUGUUAAAAUUCCAUUGGAAUAUGAAGCAACUGCACAAGAAGAAAGUAACCGCUUUCCGUUUGAACAUGGUCCACAGCGAUUGAUUCCCGGAUUGCCUCCGGGGAAAAAAUAUCAUGUGUUUAUUUCAUGUUCCUCAUCAGAUAUAGAGGAAACAAAUAAGAUAUGUGAGGAGUUGGAGAAGAGGUUCUUCCUCAGGUGUAUGCAGUUCGACAGAGAUUUUGUGCCGGGAAAACUAUUAGAUGAUAAUAUCCAUGCCGAAAUGACAAAAAGUGUGAAAGUUUUGAUCUGUUUGAGUCCUACAUACGUUACGAGUUCCUGGUGUAUGAAUGAGGCCUACGAAGCUAUUCAGUUAUCUUAUUCCGAAGGGGAGAAAAUGAAGAUAAUACCUGUUUUGCUACGUCCAACUGAAGAUGUUGAGCUUCCAUCUGUUUUGAAGCGAUAUCGGUAUAUAGAUGCACAAAAAGAAGAUGACGUACCUGCAAAGAUAAUGGAAGCGUACUAUCAUUCAGGGGCAGUCGAUGCAAUUCAAAUGCAAGAAGAACAAGGAUUAACUGCAGAAGAAAUCAAGAAUCAGAACGGAGCACGUUUAAUGUCGAAAACAUUUCUAAAGCAACGGCCGUAUUUAGAGAAAGGCUAUGUUUUUGAGACAGAGUCCUUGACAUUCAAUGAGAGCGAGUAUUUGAAAACAAUACACGAAAAGUGUGAAGAACAAUUUGAGGCAGCUGCUUCUUUUCUGGCAAACCAAAGGCUUCUAAGAUUCUACAAGGUCUUCGUUAUAACCUUUUUCACUAUGACUGCGGGUGCAGUGUUGGCUGCUAUAACAGUUUCAUCGAUAAUAACAUUCUCCUAUGCUGCUGUUCUGUUUAGUGGAAAUGAGAAGAUGGUCUCCGACACAAGUAUUCCAUUGGCAAUGUCUUUGGGGCUUGUAGCAUGGCCUCUAUCUGUUUUCAUAAUUUAUUUAUUGCGAAAAAAGGCGACAGAUGCUAUACGAAGGAAGUUAUGGCACACAGUCAACAAAAAGUACUUUCGGGAAACAAAAUGUCUCAUAUUGUAUGAUGACAUAGUCUUCCGAGAACCUUGUAUGAUGGUCAUUCGCUACAAUACAACACCAUGUCAGGAGUAUCUAGCUAUUCUCCUCGAAAGAAAAUACUUCCAGCUAGAAGACAGGAAACAAUACCAACUGGAUGAUGACGAAAUUACGAUUAUGGCUGCAGAAAGAAUCGAGGAGAAAUUGGAGCAAUUACAAAGUUCUGGGCUUUUGGCACACUGGUUCCAGCUGGGUGUAUACGAUUACAAUCGCCAUAACACUUGGCUACGAAAACAAUGUCUCUGUCAGAUGCUGGAGAAAGAUAUCGUUGAAAGGAAAAUACCGAUAAUUAAUGUGUGACGAAAGAACAGUCCAAGACUACAACAUGUAACACAUGUAUUACUGAAAAUUAACCAAAAUUAUCAAAUAAUACGGAAUAUCUGAACCAUUAUUUCGUCUCCGAUUCCGUCCCGGUUUUAAUAUUUAGUAUAUCCAACGAGAUCACGUUUUCUGCGUGAACUUGGGCAACUUUUUCAGUAAACAAGCACAUGUAACUUACUUACUAUCAGAUAUAGUGAGUUUAGGGACAGUUUAGCUUCGUAUUUGAAAGUUGAGGGGUGGGAAACAAAAGGAAAAAAGCGGCACCCGUUAUAUUAAUUUGAAAAAUCUUAGCAAGAAAAGCUUUUCUGCUCAUACUCCUAAAUCGUAAGGAGGGGGGGGGGGUAUCCUUUAGUACAUGUACGAGUUCCAUCAAUUAUUUAACCUUGCAUUUACACUACCAUUCAACGCUACUAUUAACUAUAUCAAGUGACCAGCUAAUAAAUCGAACUUUGCAUGUACUAAUAACAAAUGUAUGUGAUAAUUUAGCGCGAUGUCAGAUGGGGGGGGGGGGGGGGGGGUCUGGAGAUCUUUUGUUUUGUCUCCACUGCCAAACUUCCGUAAUUUAAUCCAACAUCUCAUGUUUUGGUACCAGGCCAUUCAUUUGCAACAUUCUGAAAAAUAAUCUUCAAACCAGGCAGAUAUUUUUGUUUCAUAAAUGAGUUGUCUUUAGCCAUCACCAAUUUGUAUGUACAAGAGUUGCAGUGACGCAUAAUUUUCGCAACUUCUUUUUCUGAAGAGUUCCAAAAUUUUCUAGUUCCAAUAUCCCGUAUUAAAAUCAAAUAUAUGUACUGUAACAAAACAUCCAAAAAAUUUGUAUUCGUUAUAGGAGUUAUGAGAGAGACCACUGUUCAUUAUCUUCACCUGUCAAGUUCUCAAGACAAAGAAGCUAAUUACAUGCAUAAAAUAAACAAAUAAUUUUUUCAAAAAACGCAAUUUCUAAGCUAACUCACUAAAGCUAGUGUGUAUAAUACAGUACAUGUCAUUGUUUGGAUAAAAAGAUCAAACUUAAAAAAACACGUCUGAUCAGUCGAAGAAACUGCUUGCAAUGUGUGUAUAUUGUAUACUAUUGACUGGAAUGAAUACAGAAUAUGCUAAUAUGAAACAACGUCGAGCUUGGUUAGUACUUGCAUGGGUGACCACCUGGGAAUACAAAGUGUCGUAGAUUUUUUUCUAUUUACUUUUCAAAUCACAUUUCCAUGUCCCCUUUCUGGGAAGGGGAGACAUAAUUAACAUGUCAUCUGAAUGAAACAUAAAAGCGAUGAAAAGUGAAGAUAACGAAGAAUGGUUAAUCUCAUAACUCCUAUAACGAAUACCAUAUUAAAAGUUGAGGAAACCGGGGCCCUAUCAGAGGUGGGAUCAGGUGCCUAGGGGGAAUAAGCAUCCCCUGUCGACCGGUCACAACCGCUAUGACGCCUAUAUCGUGAUCAGAUAAACAGAGUAAUCCGCAAUCAAAAUCAGCGUAUGAAACACGUCAGACAGCAUUUGACCUAAUGAUGGGCAGUAUUAGCAAACUAGAGCGUUAUAACAAUAGCAUUUGUGAAAUGCUGACUUUAAAAGAGACUGUUGAGACCCUUGUUUGUCAAAUUGUUUGUCAGUAGCCUACCCCGAUUUAAAAACUGAUCAUACGCAGAACAAGCUCUUGUGUAUCGAAUCAGUUCAGAUAUAAACACCAUAUACAGGUGAUAAUGGAAUAUUGCUACAUGAAUAUGUUAAGUUGACGAUGGAAAAGCUGAAAUAGCCCCGUUUAUGAUAAAGUUGAAUUGUUAGUUUGCCGUUAAUAUCUAUUUUCAACAAAAUAUUUAAGAAUGUAGCAGAAGUGAACAACUCUUUGGUGUCUUUUAUUUCGAGUUCACAGGGAUAUAUCGAAUCGACAUAUGAAUGAAAGUUAGCAGUGUUAAUAGACAAAACGUCGUCGAUAUAUCUAAAUGUCGAAUUGAACACAAAAGAUGGCAUUUACAAAUUUGCAUGUGUCAUGUAGCACCAGCCUGUUUAUGCAACAACUUUUUGCAUGUUUAUGUAAAUGUUGUGACAUAUAUACAAUAAUUGUGUCAUUGGCUGGGAUAAGACUUCAUUUCUAGUCAUCUCUAUUUUGCAAUUAUGUAACGCAAAUUUUGUGAUAUUACAUGUUCUUGCAUAAUCUUAUCCCAGCCUUUACUUUGUUUCCAAGUCAUUUGUUCAAGAAUAAAUUACCAAACCUCA